UAUUAAUGGCGGAAGGAAAGUAGCGUAUAAUACAUUAACAAUCCGACCCGCGUGCGCACGCAGUCGGCGAUCUCCCUCCUCUCCUCCCCUCCCUCUCGGAUCCCAUUUCUCUCCACGUUCCCCGGACGAUGCAGCGGACGGCGCAGGCGUGGUUCUCCGGCGGCCCCAGCGAGCGCGACGCGCCGCCCACCACCUCCCUCCUCGCCGACUGGAACUCCUACGCCGCCUCCAAGGCCGUCGAGGAAGGCGGCUCAUCCUCCCUCGCGGGCUUCGAUCUCGAGGCCGCCGUUAGGACCGCCAACGAUAAGGUCGCCGGAACCUUCAGCGUGGUUUCUAAAGGUGUUAGAGAGCUACCUGGGAGCUUCCAGACUGCUACAAGCAGUGUUCCAUCCGGGAAAUCACUCAUGUACUUUGGACUGCUCCUUGCCAGUGGUGUCUUCCUUGUGUUCAUUGCAUUCACCAUGUUCCUUCCGGUCAUGGUGCUGAUGCCACAGAAGUUUGCCAUUUGUUUCACCCUGGGGUGUGCACUUAUUGUCGGUUCAUUCUUUGCUCUCAAAGGUCCUAGGAAUCAGCUUGCUCACAUGUCUUCAAGGGAGAGACUUCCCUUCACAUUGGGAUUUGUUGGCAGUAUGGUUGGCACGAUUUAUGUGUCCAUGGUUCUUCAUAGUUACGUCCUCUCUGUUCUUUUCUCCGUCAUUCAGGUUCUGGCACUAGCAUACUAUGCCAUUUCGUACUUCCCUGGAGGAUCUGCUGGAUUGAAGUUUCUUUCUUCAACUUUAACAUCCUCAGUAUUCAGGUGUUUCGGCAGAUAAUUCCAUUAGCCAAAAAAAAAAAAAGGCACUCAUAUUUUUUAAACUCCAAGGUUCUUAUCAUCUGAGAGCUAUUGGAUCACUGUCUGUUGCAGCGAUCUAAAUCUUUUGGGACUUCAUUUUAACUAGUGAGCUUGUAAUAUGGAACAAAACUUGCUAAUACUUCCUCAUGGUUUUUAUCUCUAGUAAUUUUGCGUCCAUCGA